CUGAUUUCUGCGGCGGCGCUUUUUCCUUCUUCGGUUUACACUUCUGAUUCUCUCUUCCUUCCCCCUCUCAAAUCGAAGGCUCAUUUUAUUGAGGAUGUUCAAUAAUUAGGGUUUUACGACUACAUCAAUGGUGCUUCUGCAACCGAUUUUCCAGCAGUGCUCGUCGGCGUUUACUCCAUCCCUCGCAAUUUCCCGUCCUCAAUUUCGCGUCUUGGUUUCGAAACCCGCGGUAAUUUGUUGCUGCUCGUCGCAGUCAGAAACGGCGGUCGUCAAUGGUAAUGUCGAUGGCAGGGUUGUAGAGAGGAAUGAGAUUCGUCUCGGUUUGCCCAGCAAAGGUCGCAUGGCUGAAGACACUCUCGAUUUACUUAAGGACUGUCAAUUAUCUGUUAAACAGGUGAAUCCUCGCCAGUAUGUUGCACAAAUAGCUCAGCUUACUAAUAUUGAAGUCUGGUUUCAACGGCCCAAAGAUAUUGUGCGGAAAUUGUUGUCUGGAGACUUAGAUCUUGGUAUCGUGGGUCUUGAUACAGUUAGUGAAUAUGGACAGGGGAAUGAAGAUCUUAUCAUUGUUCAUGAUUCUCUGGAGUAUGGAGAUUGUCGUUUGUCCCUUGCAAUUCCCAAAUAUGGGAUCUUUGAGAAUAUCAAUUCGCUUAAGGACCUAGCAGAAAUGCCUCAGUGGACUGUUGAGAAACCUCUGAGAGUUGCUACUAGCUUUACUUGUCUUGGCCCUAAAUUUGUGAGAGAGAAUGGAUUGAAACAUGUGACCUUUUCAACUGCUGAUGGAGCCUUAGAGGCCGCCCCCGCGAUGGGGAUAGCUGAUGCAAUUUUGGAUCUUGUGAGUAGUGGGACAACACUACGUGAAAACAACUUGAAAGAAAUUGAAGGUGGAGUUGUGUUGGAAAGCCAGGCUGUUCUCGUGGCUAGCAGGAAAUUCUUGAGCCAGCGGAAGGUUGCAUUAGAGACUACCCAUGAGAUUCUUGAAAGAUUGGAGGCUCAUUUGAGGGCAGUUGGCCAGUUCAAGGUUACUGCAAAUAUGAGGGGUAGUAGUGCAGAGGAAGUAGCUAAGCAAGUACUGAGCCAGCCUUCACUACCUGGCUUGCAGGGACCCACUGUAAGUCCAGUUUUUUGUAAGCGUGAUGGGAAGGUCUCAGCUGAUUACUAUGCCGUAGUAAUUUGUGUGCCCAAGAAGGCUCUCUACAAGUCUGUACAGCAGUUGAGAGCUAUUGGAGGAAGUGGGGUCCUAAUUUCACCUUUGACCUACAUUUUUGAUGAAGAGACUCCAAGAUGGCGUGAACUUCUUUCAAAACUUGGCCCUUCAGUCGUUUCCAGUUUGUUGAUGAGAGGUUAAUUUACAGUCUCAAUGCCGAAGGCUUCAUUGAAGUGGAGUAGUCCCAGAAAGCUGUCUAUUGGUUAAGCCUUUUCCUCCCUUGUAGCUGUUGUGAUGAUUUCAGAUCUACAAUGCUUUUUAUCUUCUUUUUUGCCUCUACUGGAUACUUUUUGUAACACUAUCAAUUUACGAUGCAUAUUGUUAAAUUGUUGAUGAGCUUUAUGAAUAUACACUUGUUGCUUGUCAAAUGUUACUCGUGACAUUCAAAAUUAAUCCAAGUUGCUUGU